AUGCCGGCAUCAUGCUUCCAAGUAUGCGGUAAAAUAAACAGUGGACACGGUCUGAACAUUAUUCAUGUAAAAGAAAUUGUACCACAAUUUCCACUGAUACAGCCACCAUUUGUAGGAGCUGGUGAAGGGACGCCGUCGAAUCUGCCCAAAGAAAAAUGGAACAGAGAAGCUGUUAUAGAAGCAUUGACUAGGUUGACUGCGAACAUAACAUUUCUUGACCUUUCUUCAAAGAAAAUUACUGAUGAUGGCUUAAGACCAUUGGCAGAAGCAUUGCAAAAGUCUUCGUGUCCAUUAAGUAAUAUUGAACUCGAAGAAAAUCAAAUAUCAGCUGACGGUUGCAAAAUACUUUGUGAAGCAAUACAAAUGAAUAAAAGUCUGGCUUCACUUGAUUUACUCGGAAACCAAAUUGGAAACGAAGGUGCCAUAGUUUUUGCUGAAUUACUGAAAACAAAUUCGUCAUUAGUAGAUCUUGAUCUUGCGUUCAAUUCUAUUUCAGAUAGUGGAGCUAAAGCUCUUGGACAAAGUCUGAAACUGAAUACAACAUUGGGAUUGUUGGAUGUUUGUGGAAAUGACAUCGGUAGUGAUGGAGGCAUCGCUUUGGCAGAAGCUCUUAAAAUGAAUAAAUCAUUAAAGUCAUUAAGUCUAUUUAAAAAUCGAAUUGGUGAUAAUGGCACGAUAGCUAUUGCUGAGAGUCUCAAAGUCAAUAAGGUGCUUGUGACAUUAAAUCUUGGUGCAAAUUUGAUCUCUGAUGAAGGUACUGUCGCAAUAAGCAAUGCACUUAAAAUGAAUACGUCAUUAACAACCCUCUGUUUGGAUGUCAAUGAGAUUGAUGAUCAAGGCACAAUAGCUCUGGCUGAAACGUUGAGAGUUAACAAAACUUUGACAAGUUUGAAUCUAUGUCAAAAUCGCUUCUCCGAUGCUAGUAGAAGAACUUUGGCACAAGCUUCUAAAGUACACCGUACCCUUGUUAAUUUAUUUUUUAAUUAA